AUGUUUUCCACACGCCUCUUCCGGCCUGCAGCUCAGCUGUCGAGCGUGAGUGCUUCGUCUACGACAAGGUCCAAUGGCUGAUGAAGGCCUCGUGACAACCCGAAUGCUGACGGAAUCUAGCAUGUCCGACGAUACGCAUCCGAAGCGCCCAAGAGUGGCGGCAGCAACAACGCACUCUACCUCGGUCUCGGUGGCGCGGCACUCGUCGGUGGAGGCUACUUCGCCUUCGCAGGGAAAAAGGACCCGAUAGCGGCGGCCAGAGAACAGACGGAACCAAAGCGCGAGAAUGUGCCGCCAUCGCAGGGUGGUCCUCCAGACAAGGUCUUCAUUGGCGGUGGUAUGUACAUUGGAAGAGACUGGCGGCGAUGGACCAAUGAUCUGAUGGGAUGGAUAUAGAUCAAGGAUUCAUCAACCUGGUCCUCGAUCAAGUUGAUAACAUCAACCACAACACCAAGAAGUUCCGCUUCAAGUUCGACAACCCAGAUGCCGUUUCUGGGCUUUCCGUCGCCAGCGCUCUCAUCACGAAGUACAAAGGCCCCGAGGACGAGAAGCCAACCAUCAGGCCGUACACCCCCACCUCGGACGAGGACGAAAGAGGCUACUUGGAUCUCAUCGUCAAGAAGUACAAGGGCGGUCCAAUGUCCGAGCACCUUCACGCCAUGGAGCCAGGCCAACAGCUGGCAAUCAAGGGUCCCAUUCCAAAGUAUCCCUGGGCGCCAAACAAGCACAACCACAUUGCGCUCAUCGCAGGUGGCACUGGAAUUACUCCCAUGUACCAGCUCUGCCGCGCCAUCUUCAAGAACCCCGACGACAAGACCAAGGUCACGCUCGUAUUCGGAAACGUUUCCGAGGAAGACAUUCUGCUGAAGCGCGAGUUUGAAGACCUCGAACAGCAAUUCCCCCAACGAUUCCGUGCCUUCUACGUGCUUGACAACCCACCAAAGGACUGGAAGCAAGGCAAGGGCUUCAUCACCAAAGACCUGCUAAAGACCGUCAUUCCGUCGCCGGACGAAGAUAAUGUCAAGGUCUUCAUCUGCGGUCCACCCGGUUUGUACAAGGCCAUUUCCGGACCUAAGAAGAGCCCCGCGGAUCAGGGCGAGCUCAGCGGAUAUCUGCAGGAGCUGGGCUACAGCAAAGACCAGGUAUACAAGUUCUAA